AUGUAUGUACACGCCGCUGACAAUUUGGGCUUCGUCAAGGGUCUGACGAAAGACGAUGUCGAUUUCGAUUCAAUAUGGCUUCACUUGUCAACUGCGUUCCAAGAAAUCCACAGCAAAAAUGCCUCAAGAUUGUCGUUCGAAGAGCUCUUCCGGGGUGCCUACAAGUUGGUAUUGAAAAAGAAGCAGGAUUUAUUAUAUGACCGGGUCGUACAACUGGAAGAAGCAUGGCUUCGAGACAGUGUCCGGGCGAAGAUUACACCGUUGAUCACGCCAACCCUCACCAUGGCCAAUUGGGAUCAGACCGCCGGUGCUCAAUCAAAUGAACGAAGAAUUGCGGGCGAACGAUUUAUCAAAGCCCUCAAGGAUGCCUUCGAAGAUCACCAAUUGUGCAUGGGUAUGAUCACAGAUGUGCUCAUGUACAUGGAUCGUGUCUACGUUCAAGAUCAGAGGAGGCCUCCGGUUUUCGCCACGGCAAUGGCAUUGUUCCGAACCCAAGUUCUCAGAACUCCAUUCAGUUCCGAUGCUACAUUUGACACACUGUCUCUGCUUGAAAUGGUGAUUCUUGACAUGAUCAAGAUGGAACGCAAAGGAGAAAUGAUCGAUCGAACCCUCAUACGCGCAUGUUGCUUCAUGUUGGAGGGCUUGUACGAGACCUUCACUGAAGACGAGUCAACCAAAUUAUAUUUGACUUCAUUCGAACCCAAAUUUCUCGAAGCCAGUCGGAAAUUCUACCGAGAUGAGGGACAACUACUCUUAGGGGAAGCCGAUGCAAGUACAUUCUGCAUCCACGCGAGAAAAAGAUUGCUCGAAGAGGUUGAAAGAUGCCAACAAACCAUAUCUCCAAUCUCCGAACCAAAAAUCAAGGCUGUGGUUGAAAAGGAGUUGAUCUCCAAUCACAUUCGCGAUGUCAUCAACAUGGACGGUACCGGUGUCAAGAGCAUGCUGGACAAUGACAAGAUCCACGAUCUCAGCAAUGUUUAUGAUCUCGUCGCGAGAGUGGAUCCGAAGAAACUGGCACUCAAGGAGGCCGUUCAGAAACGCGUCAUCGAGCUGGGGACUGAAAUCAAUAAGAACGCAAUGGUCAUUGGUGAUGCUCCCCCGUUGCCAAAAGCCGCACCGAAGACAGGUACCGACGGAAAAGCAGCGACAGAGAAAACUCUCAACCAGCAGACGCAAGCCGCAAUUACGUGGGUGGAACAGAUUCUGGAAUUGAAGACGAAGUACGACAAACUCUGGAUCCAGGCAUUCAAAAAAGACGCCGUGAUGGAGAAGGCCCUGGAAAUAUCUUUUCAGGACUUCAUCAACGUUAACGAACGCAGCCCCGAACAUCUUUCUCUCUUCCUCGAUGAAUACUUGAAGCGUGGAUGUAAGGACAAGACUGAAGCUGAAGUGGACGCGCUUCUCGACAAUGGCAUUUUGCUGCUACAAUAUCUUGCAAACAAAGACUCGUUCGAGACAUACUACAAGAGACAUAUGGCGAAACGACUUUUGAUGAAGAAAUCCGUCAGUCGAGAGAUGGAACGCCAAAUGCUCUCAAAGAUGAAAAUGAAGAUCGGAAAUCAAUUCACUCAGAAGCUUGAGGGCCUCAUCCGAGACACUGAACUGUCCGACAAUCUUACGACACAAUAUAGAGAAUAUGUCGAUCGACUUGGCGAUCCAGAUCCGAAGAGGAUCGACCUGGAUUGCAGAGUCUUGACCACAACGGUAUGGCCAUUCGAGACACUAUUCAAGGCCGAUAACGAAGAAUCCCAACGAGAAUGCAAGUUCCCUGCUCCUGUAGAACGGCUACGACAACGGUUCCAGAAAUUCUAUCUCGACAAGCAUACAGGGCGGAAAUUGACAUGGAUGCCUAGUCUAGGUGAUGCGGACAUGAGAGCUACCUUUACCGCGGGCGGAAAGACUCGCAGAUAUGAAAUCAAUGUGUCAACAUACGCCAUGAUCAUAUUAAUGCUCUUCAACGACCUUCCUCCCGGUGAAUGCCUCACAUUUGAGCAGAUUGCGGCCGAAACGAACAUUCCUAAGCACGAUCUGAUUCGGAAUCUUCAAUCAUUGUCCUUGGUUCCUAAAUGGAGAGUGCUCAAGAAAGAACCCAUGAGCAAGGAUAUCAAGCCCUCGGACAAUUUCUAUUUCAAUGAGGAAUUUUCUAGCCAAUUUCUCAAGAUCAAAGUCAGCGUUGUAGCCGGUGGUGCGAACAGAGUCGAAAACAGUGAAGAGCGUCGGGCUACUCAAAAGCGCACCGACGAAGAACGUGGCCACGUUGUUGAAGCUGCUAUCGUCCGAAUUAUGAAGUCCCGCAAGACACUUUCGCAUUCACAAUUGAUGACAGAGACCAUAGCGCAGUUGUCCUCACGCUUCCAGCCGGAUGUCAAUAUGAUCAAGAAAAAGAUUGAGGGAUUGAUAGAUCGAGAAUAUUUGGAAAGAGGACCAGAUCCUGAAAAACCUUCUUACAUGUACCUGGCUUGA